GUCUAAUGCUGGUGGAUGAUAAAUGCACGCAUCGGAUAUCAAUAUGUAUACGCUUCGGUUGUUCUAUAUAAGCCGGAUAUUAAAGAUUAUGAUGUAUAGCUUGUCGUAAUCAUUCAAACUCGGAUGGAUAUAUUAAUCAGUCCAUGUUUCAUCUUGAUAAGCUAGUCAUCAUUCGAAUCGAGAUAUUGUUGAAGAAUAGUAGUCAUAUUGUGAUAACAAAAUGGAAGCGUCAUCGCGGGCCUGUUGGUCUCUAAAAUGUUCGGAUUUUGGAUUUCAACCUGAUAUUUCACCAAGUAUCAAUGUACCCCAGUGUGGUAUCAACGUUGUGCUCUACUUCAUCUAUCGCUGCAUCGUGUUCCUCUAUUUCAACACGUAUAUGAUCUUUGAUCUGGUGACAACUAUCAAUGGCUUCGAUGGGGUUCGAACCUUCAUCUUUCUUACUACCUGGGUCUACCUUCUCUUCAACCUCUAUGUCUUGGUUUCCUUCACGAACACAUUAAUAGAUGCCUAUCUCUUCUUCAAAAGAAGGGGAGAUUUAGUUGAAGGUACACCAACCCGUCUGAAGUUCCAAUGGUUUCUAUUCAACAUCGUUCUCAACGGUUCAGUGGUGAUUACGUUUACUUUCUGGAUUCUCUAUUACACCACACCUACCAUCCAGAUAUUCUUCACCAACAUGGUGAGGAAUAUCAACCUUCAUCUCCUACCAGCAAUCUUUGCUCUGAUAGACCUCUUAACCACAUCCACUCCCAUCCGCUUCGUCCAUGUGAUAUACCCCAUCUUCCUCGGUCUUGCUUACCUGACAUUCGCUGCUAUCUACUGGAAGGCUGGUGGUACCAACCCAUGGGGCCUGCCAUUCAUCUACCCAUCUCUAGAUUUUGGUGAUGAUCCUCGCGAAGCCAUUAUCUUUAGCGUGGAGUUGAUAGCAGCUACCAUAUUGUGUCAAGUCGUUGUCAAGGGACUAUACCUUCUUCGGGAAUGGCUAACGCAUUCAAACAAUCCAUCUUACACCGCUCUUGAUGGAACCAACUCAGCUGGUGGUAGACCGACUGGAUCCGCUAUGGAACUUCCUAACAGAUAGAAUGCAUGGAAAUGUUCAAACCAAUUUGCAAGAAAUUUAUAAGCAAUCGAUUGACGAUAUUGAUAUAAUUAUCACCGAUCAGUUGACCUUUUCUUUUCCAAGAAGCGGACUAGUAAUCAAUCUCAAUUUUACAUUUCACUUUAAGACUUAUAAUUGAUUUGAUGACCUACGAUUUAUAUCGUAACAUUAGUGGUUGUCCCAUGCAGUAGCGAUAAAAAAUAAGUAAUAGUUAUGUAAACUGGGCGGAAUAAGGACUUAUAGAAGCAGAGGAAGCCAAUGCUAAGAGUUGAUAGUAUAUCAUGCUCUUUAAUUUGAAGUGCGCGAUAUUCAAUCCUCUUCGAUACCUGCCUGAUAUUUUGAAGACGUGGUAGGCCAGUGAUAUCCCGAUGGAAAUUGAACAUGUAUUUUUAAGAAUAAUUUCAUCUCUAUAUAGAAAGCGGUUUGCUUGAAAGCGAACCUAAGCAAGUUGCCAUUUAUUUGAUUGUAUUAUCUGGUAGGACGGACUCUUAGGAGGGACCUUACUACAGCUUAUCGUAUAGCUUACCAUCAUGUAUUGUUUAGCAUUCGAUGCCAUCGAAGAACUCUUCCGUAGAUUUAGCAUGCACGACUGAGCACUUAAACGAAUUUGAUUUUAAAGAAAUGAAAUUCAUUUGAUGAAUUAUAUUUCUUCAAAAUAGGGUCUACAGAUUUUUAUGAGGACCAUUAAGUAGAUAUUUAUUAUGAAGCAAGUUAGAUAGGUGACACGCAUAGACAACCAUGUGUGCAAUCUUUUAAUAAAAUAAUGUGUCAUCAUGUAUCUAAAAACUUGAAUUUCGAAGAUAAACUUGAGCGGUAAGUUUUAAGGUGUGUUGCUAAACUAUGUAUUUAGGCUGAUUGAUCGUUUUUGGAAAGUAUUUUUGGAGAAUUUCGGGAAUUAAUUCUGUUCGUACUAGGGGAAAUCAAUCACAGAUUCGAUUUUAAGGUGAAAUGGAAUUGUUCUGUACGUCACUUUAUUAGCCAUCGUCACUUUAAACUUCUACUUUAAUUAUGAAAUAAUUGAUGUUUACUUCAAUCUAAUCAUUAUCGAUCUUAUCGCAUUAUUGUGAAUGACAUUUUGCACUUCCAAUUUGACACGGAUACCUUGCAGGAACAAAAUCUUUUUCUUAUUUUGUACACACCAUCAUCAUAUAUCAUUUGUCUUGUUGUUACUGUAUUAUUGUUUGAACGUGUUAGUAGCUCCAUGGUAGCACGGUGUGCUUAUCAUAAUGUUAAUAAAGAAAACUGU